AUGAGUACCUCCAGCACUUCGAAGCCAAGCAGCGUUAGGACCUCUAAGUCCUCCAACUCUACUAGUAUACGCUCUAGUAAGAAGUCCAAUGGAUCCCGAGCAUCUUACAGCAGAAGCUCGACCGAUAAUCGAUCUGCUACGCUGGAGCGGGGCCAGAAUCAGCAUCAGUGGCGGCAAACUGCCACAUUUGGUGGCACUAUACUUGAUCAGACCUCGGAGAAGAACCGUCCAGUUUCUCAGGCCCCGUCCUCGGGGCGGAAUUCCCAAGAGACUUCUACAUCGCUUCCGGUUCAAAAUUCGAAGAGUUCCAUCCGCACUGGAAGCAGUGGAAGCUCCUCGAUGAGGUCUGGAGACGAUGAAACUGACGGAUUCACUGCCCUGACUCCCCGUGUUCAAAGUGAAAGGAAUGCAGCAGCUGAUCGAGCUAGACGCCAGGCAUUGGAACUGCAGAGGCAGGAAGAGCAAAGGCAAAGAGAGCGACUGGAUCGAGAGAGGGCGGAGGAGAGAAGACGACUGGGUGAGCAAAAACCGGUAGACGUUGGGAAGGCAUCUACGGCGCAAAAGAGUUACCGUGUGGCCUGGGAGCGUGCAGAAAUGGAACGACUAAGCCAGAAUGAUUCGGGCUAUGCACGUUGCCCUGCUGUCCCAAAGGAGCACAUCAACGAUUUUCAAGCACGAGCUUCAUUUGACCAGCCCAACUCACCAUCAUCACCAUUGAGAUACCAUGAGUGCGAUGAGUGGAUUGCAGGCAUGGCCCAUGUAGACAUCGAUGCCAUGCUCAUGAGCUGUGGGCCGGUGGAGCGCCCGUCAACCUUACACGAAUACGACUCCGAGUGUACCUCAACUCCACUCCUCACUCCAACUGCUGGGAAACAAAUUCGGUCGCUGGUGUAG